AUGGCAGCGUCGAUGGCUGCGAGUUGGUGGAGCGGUGCAAACCACCUAGUCGCCAUCGAAUUUCAGGGACGAAAAACAUUCCAUGUCGAAUUGACUAAGCUCGAGAAGUACCCUCGGCUUUACAUGCAGAUCACUUCUCCCGCACCAUCGUACAUCUAUGGCCACGUCCACAAUGGCAUGGGAUUUUCCUACCACCAGGAUCUCGGACCUUUGUACCUCGACCUGCACACUGUGCCCCAAGGUGCCGGACACAUGCUGUGGGAUUACUUGUCAGCCGGAAUGUUUACUCCCCUCCAAGGCAAUCCAUCCGACAAGAAGCAAGAAGAAUACUUCAAAAGCAUUGUUCACGUACAUGCUGUGGCAGACGAGUUCAGAAUAGAGGGUCUCAAGUCGGACACGGCGAAGGAGAUCUUCCGCAAGGCUCAAGACAUGGGUCUGAUGGAGCUAGUCAAGCUCCUUGAAGAAGCGAACUAUCGUUCUGACUCAUUCCCAAAGUUGUCCGAGUACUUGGAGAAGCGGCUGGUUGGUUCCGCUUUGGAUUACGGUGAGGGAGACAGCCAAAGGGCCUUCACCGAACUAAGGACCCAACCAUCACUCUCAGUUACUCAGAUGCUCUUGAAAGCAAUCACAGAGAUUAGCGACGUCGGGUGCAGGUUGGGUAAGCAGCACUCAAUGCUAGUUGAGGUCGAUAGAAGGAAGGUUGCCGGGAGAAUGGCUGCUUCCGAGGUCAUUGGCUGGAAAGAUUCGAAGUAUCCCAGAACGAUGUGGGUGAAACCGAAGAGUGAGACCGCGGGAGCGAGCAAGUCAGUUGGUAGCCGAUUCUUCGGUCCCGCGGCCAAGGGAGAGGACAGAAGCGGGAUGAAAGACUAUCUCGGACAGCCAAUGCAGCGAACGGCCGUGCCAGAGCCAACUUUCUAUUCUCCCAGCGAGCCCGCAUUUAUUCCUCCUUCGAUGUUUCUUCCUUCUCUGGCUCAUGGAACUGAAAGCAAUGAAGCUGUGCUACUCCCGGCUUUCGGAGACACACCGAGGACUUCGAGAUACGAAGACUUAUCCUCCACUUCUCGCAGGGCAAAGACACUAUCAGAGAUAGACAGGGAAUGGCAAAUGGAGGUCAUGCGCCAAGAGCAGAAGCUUCGACAACCCAGCCAUCUAGUUCGACAACGAAUGGCCAAGAUGGGCUUUGAGGAGCCCGAGUCGCAGAUGGAGCAUGAUGCACCGAGCAAGAGUCCGCUUCCAAACCCUUCAACCACAUCAGGGGGUUUCUCGUCGGAAACAGCUACGGACACCGAGAAGGAUAUUCUAGACGAGGCUACAAAACCUUGCGAUUGGCCAGUGACACCAAUUGGAUCCGAGCUUAAUUUACCCGAGUACAUAGUGCCCUCCUUUGACGCGCCUUUGCAAUCCUUUACAUCUUCUCCGGAUACCAUGGAAGGUGACCCUGUUGAAGUCGAAGGCCCCAUGAAUUGGGAUACGGGUUUAUCUGAAUAUGAAUACAUUCCUAGAGAUGUUUCCUGA